CACUGAGAUCCAACAAUCCCACCACCUCCCCGGACCUUGUAGCUGAGAAGUACUUCCAUGCGUACUUGCCGCUUAUCCGUGCUCUUUGUAUGUGUACUAACACUACUAGUGAUUCGAAGCACACCUGGACAGGCCCGCUCUGACAUUGCCAAACAAUUGUAUGGAAACUUGGCCAUCACUAAGCCUCCAACUCCUCUAAGCCUCAACUCGGCGCUCACAGAUAUCGUAGGGACAGUGGAAAAUCUCACGAACUUCGAUUAUAAUCUGCAACGCGCUUUGCUAUGGAGCGCCGGGUGGGUACAAGCGAACCCUGAAUAUACUGACUCUAUUUCCAGCUCGAAUGAUGCUACUCCGUAUGUGCAAGUGUACGUCCAUUGCGGCCAGGAGAUGAGCGAUAUCUUCCUCUCCUCCCAGAUAUUUGAAUCGACGGCAUGCGAGCUCACAGUCAAGGAGUGUAAAAGCAACGUCAUCAGCUUCACAGAGUCGACAUGUGAUCCAAGUUACGUUGAAACCAGAACUGCGUGUGCCACCAACCCUGAGCGUGGGUCUUGGAAAUUCUCUCUCGAGCAGAAGAAUGGACCAAUUUGGUCCAUAGACGGCCAAAUUGACGGGACCUUCGACCCUCAGUUGUUCCAAUACAAUGACAGUGGCAGCAAUACGACAAUUUACAUGUUGGCACAAAAGGGCUCCUGGAGUAUGGACGACGACACGUGUCCAAACGGCGCUCAAUUUAUCGUACCAUGUCGACAGAUACCCGCUGAUGAUAAUACGUGGUGCGAACCUGAAAUCGAGGAAAAUGUUCGAUCUUGGGCGGAAACUGGAGUGUUUCCUACACGUGACGAUGCAACCGAUACAACUGAUGCGACUGCAAGUUCCAGUGGGUCCAGCAAAGCUACAAUAGUCGGGAUUGUACUUGCAAUCGCCGCAGUAGCUUUUGUCGCGGUUGUUGUCGUUCUUCGACGACGUCGUUCCCAAGCAAGUCAAGAUCGAGGGCUUAAAGGGCAAACGGGCUUGUGGGAAGACGAUAUCAUCACAGCAAACCGCAUCCCGCGCGAGAAGGUCCGCGUUUUGAAGCUCAUCAGCCGCGGUGCAUUCGGUGAGGUGUAUGCUGGAAUCUACAACAACGACCAAGUUGCAAUCAAGAUGCUACUUCCAAGUACUCGCCGCGAUAUUCACCUUGUGAACGAGUUUCUGGCUGAAGCGAAAUUAACAGCAAGCAUGGAGCACCCUCGAAUUGUAACGUGCAUUGGUAUUGCGUGGGAUUCUCUUUCCGAUUUGUGUGUAGUUCUAGAGUUCAUGGAAGGUGGCGACCUGCGUACACUACUUGAGAGCUAUAAGAGAUCAAGCCACCUGGUCGGAUUUGACUGCGAAAAGACAACUAUUGCUCUACACGUGUGCCAUGCGCUAACAUAUUUACAUUCACUGGAACCUCCAAUCAUCCAUCGGGACUUGAAGUCAAGAAAUAUUCUGCUGGACGAAAUGCACGAAGCCAAGCUCACAGACUUCGGGAUUUCGCGAGAGCGACUUGAUCGAACUAUGACUGCUGGUGUGGGGACAUCGCUGUGGAUGGCUCCCGAGGUGAUGACGGGUGAAAAAUACGACGAUAAGGCGGACAUCUUCUCGUUUGGAGUCGUGCUGAGUGAAUUGGACACCCACAGUCUACCAUACGCCCAGGCGAGACAGGAGAUGCAGCUUUCACAUGGGCGGCAAAUGACGGACGCCACUCUUUUGCAAAAAGUGGCCAUGGGAACUGUUACGGUAGAGUUUUCAGAUGUAGGUCCGAAGUCCAUGACAGAUCUUGGCUGCGCUUGCAUUUCGAUAGACCCGACCUUGCGACCUAGUGCAGCUGAAGCUCUUUUCAAACUUCAGGUUAUCCUGUCGAAGGAGCUAGUGUAAAAUCUUUCUCCAAAAGUUGCAAGGCACGGGGCGGCUACGUGUCGUAGCGUUUACUACAAGUAAUUCACAGAAAAUCAUAUCAUCCAGUGAAUGAGCUGAAGGUUGGGACCAUAAUUUAUGUUUAAUGUAGAAUAUUGCAUGGCUAGGAAG